UUCAUUUCUGCUGCUUCACAAAAAGGAGGAGAAAUCAGCAGUCAUUCAGAGGCUACUCAUUUCAGAGACAGUGGAAUCAUUUAGAAAACCUCCAAAACCAUGACAUCCUGUUGAGUCCCCAUCACUGCAUUCCAGUUCAAAUACUUCCUGGCCUUAAAGAGCAAGAACAGCCCAGCAUAAACCAGCAUUACUUGCUCACUUUGGAGAUCUUUUGUUAGGAUGGCAAGCAACACACCUGAAUUCCCAGGUCCCCAGUGGGGAGACACAGUAGAAAUACCCGCAAGGAAAAGGAGAAGGAUCAACAAGUACCAAGGCUUUUUGCUGGAGGAGAAGGAGUUCCUGAUGAAGUGUGAACACCUGGAAUCCAGGACGAAGAAAAUCCUGAAGGCCUCACAUGAGAAGCUGUCCUCCUUUGUGAGUCAGCAAAACCUGCCGGAUGAGAUCAAGUAUCUCAACAACCACGUCUCCAAGCUGACAGAGAAGAUCUCCUUGGAUCCCAUUUACAUUGGACUCUUUGGCAGCACUGGGGCUGGGAAGACCUCACUGCUCAAUGCCAUCUUGGAGAAACCGUUCUUCUUGCCGGUGUCAGGGAGUGCUGUGUGCACCUCAUGUGUGGUGCAAAUCUACACCAGUUGGGCCGAGUUCUGCGAGGCAAAGAUUCACCUCCUCUCAGAUGAGGAAAACCUUUGGAAAGACUGGACCCAUGCAGCCGAUGUCAGAGGAACAAGGACACAGGAGAAUCAGACCGGGAUGGAGAUGCACGUCUCUGGCCCUUCAUCAAGAAAGUGGAAGUGACAAUCCCAAGACCUGAUGUGAUACCAGAAGGUGUCAUGUUUGUGGAUAUUCCAGUGACUGGAGAUUUCAACGAUAAACGGGACCAGAUGUGGAAAGAGGUGAUUUGUCAGCUGGGCUGUGUGGAGAAAUCACUGAGCAGAUGUUUGGCUGGGGAACGUCCAAACAUUUAUUAUUUGUAUUCAAAUCCCAGUGGGACAAAUAGAAGGAAGAUCCAGAGGGCAGCAACACAUUGUAGCUUAGGGAAGCAGCUGGCAGCAUGGCUGGGAACUGUGUCUAUUAGGCCUGUGCAAAUAGGGUACUAUUCAAUUCGGAUUUGGAUUCAGCCAAUUAGGAGGCCAGCGAUUCAAUUCAGAGAUCUGAAUCACUUUUCUAAAUCGAUUCAGCUGAAUUGGCUUCAGAAGAUUUGGCACCGAUUUGGAGAGAUUUGGAGAUUCGGCCACAGAGUAUAAUGGGGAAUCAAUGAAAUAUCUAUAACUUUGUCAUUUUAUGGCUGAUUCAGAUGAAACUUGCUGAGCUGGUAGCCCCUGCUGAGGGCACAAAGCCUGCCAAGCUUCGAGGAGAUAGGUUCAGGAGUUUCUGGAAAACUGCACCUCCAAAUCUUGAAAGCAAAACUUGUGUCACAUGUGUGCGAAGCCACAGUAGGGUAAAAACUGGAGGGAUGCCCCUGCUGAGAAUAUGAAGCUUUCCAAGUUUCAAGGGGAUAGGUGCAGGGGUAUCUGGGAAACUAUACCUCAAACUGCUGACAAGCAAAACUCAUGUCACGUGUGUGUGUUAAGUCACAGUGGGGUGACAGCUGCAAGCCUGGUGGCCCCUGCUGAGGGCAUGAAGCCUGCCAAGUUUCAAGGAGAUUGGUGUAAAGGAUUCUGGCUUCUGGAACUCUGCACCUCAGGCUGCUGACAGGCAAAACUCAUGGCAUAGGUGGUUGUGUGACUGUCUGCGUUAAGGCACGGGGGGUGGAAACUGCAGCCCUGCUUGCCCUUGCUGCGGCCAUGAAGCCUGCUAGUUAUCAAGCAGAUAUGUGCAGGGGGAGUGUGGGUGCUGGGGCCCUGCACCUCUGGCUGCAGACAGGCAAAACUUGUGACAUGGCUGGGUGACAUGACACACACACAGAGCCCUCUUUUCUAUCAAGUAGGAGCUGUUUCUUCUCUAGCAUGUCUGUUAAGGUGUGUCCUCACUGUGCGACUCAGUGUGUGUGUGUGUUUAUAUUUGUGUUAAGGUGUGCCCUCACUGGCACUGGGGCCUGUAUACAACACAGUAGUAAUGAGACUUCCUCCUCCCCUACAGCCUCAGUCUGGUCCACCACUUCAAAUGAGAACAGGUGAGACAAUCUGAUGUCUUUUUUAGUAGGGCAACUGUAUAGUUAGAGAAAUGUAUCUUAGCAAGCUUUUGGGUUGAAAAGCCCUUCAGUGGACUGAGGAAGCACCUGCAGUUGGUGUGU